UUGGUCCGCCAUAUCUAUCAUGGGUGUUAUUGGGAAUUCCCGCGUCCUGUUUUGAUUUUAAUAUAGCGAUCAAGCCCUAUAGAACCACAGAUCAACAGAAGAAAUCUUGUUGAACGGAUCACCAAGAGCUGAGCUCUCCAGAGCUUUCACACCGGCUUUACCCGCAGCAGAUCUCUCGAAAUAUGCCUUUGACAAGAAUGCGUAUGAGACCCUGGCUGGAAUUACAGAUAAAUUCCAAUGCAAUUCCUGGGUUAAUUUGGAUAAACAAGGAAAGAAAGAUGUUCCAAAUUCCGUGGAAGCAUGCUGCCAGACAUGGAUGGAACAUGGACACAGAUGCAAGCCUUUUCAGAAACUGGGCUAUACAUACAGGAAGGUUUAGACAAGGAAUAGAUUCACCAGAGCCUAAAACAUGGAAAGCCAAUUUCCGAUGUGCCAUGAACUCACUGCCUGAUAUAGAGGAAGUGAAGGAUAAGAGUGUUAAUAAAGGCUCCAGUGCUAUUCGAGUGUACAGAAUGCUACCACCUGUUGACAGGUCAAAGCAAAAAGAAAAGAAAUCCAGGUCAUCCAAAGAUUCUAAAAGCAAGAGUAAAAAAAAGGAGUUCAAGUCAAAGGUCAAGUUAGAAGUGACAGAGCCUGUUACGCCUAAACUACCAGUUGAUCACACCACAUAUACUGCACCAGAGCAUAGUACUUCACAGGAAAUGGUGGUUGACAGCACUGUGAAUAUAGGAGAAUUUUCUCCAUCGGAAACAUGCCCUGUUGUUGAUUGGCCUAUCAAUGAAAUAGUCGGAGAAUCUGAAGAUCAGGUAGUCAGCACAUGUGACCUGUAUCCAUUUCAGAUCUCUCCCAUGCCCUCUCCUACAGCAACCAGUGCAGCUGACAGCUUUCUAACAUCGGAUGAAGCUUCUGAAAUCACACAAGAACCCAGUCAGUGGGAGCACAGUAGCAUUGAAGGGAAAGGAUACCUCAGUAAUGUAAUAGGAACAAUGCCAUUAACUCCCUUUGAGAAUAACCUUAACACAAAUGAACAAGAAACAAUCUCCCAUUUGACAUUCCAUGAUGGCAGUUGGUCAGAUUCAACAGGUGGGUUAGAAUUGAAAUUUCCUACAGACAGAGGAAUGGACCUUCUGAACUGGAUCGAAUCAGUAAACUGGCCAAAUGGAGCUCUCAUCAGUUGCACUUGAAGUUAAGACUGUAGAGCAAUAUGUACUUGUAAAUAAGUUUCGUUUUCACUCUUGUGCAUUUUCUGAACAACGAGACUGUUAUCACCUCAGCCAUUUCAGUCAGAUUCCAUCACCACUGCAGGACAUGUGAACAGAAUUUUGAAGACAUGCUUGUGGUACCGUUUUAAAAGUCUCCAUGUUUGAGUCAUCCUUGAAGAAUGCAAAUAGCGUCUACCACAAGGAAACCAAUUUCAGUGAGGCCAAGAAUGCUGUUGUGUGAUGUCUGUCAUUUAACGUGUUUGCUGCUAUGUGAAAUCAAGUAUUUUUAAUUAUUCAUUCAGUUUUGUCUUCAUCAAUUGUCUUAACCAACAAGACAUUUUUAACACACAUAGACAAAAAUUGAAGGUGAGAGUAGCAAGCUAAAGGUAUUUCAGAUACAAAUUAGAUAUUGUCAGCAAGUAUUAGACUUGUUGCAAUUUUGACAUUUACAUGGCUAAAAAGAAAUAUAUUACUCAUUUUUUUUGUUUAACUGUACAUAUGUAUUAAAAUAUGAACAUCUUCUAAUCUUGGAAAUGCUUGCUUCUCUGAUAUCAUGAGAGGAAAUCAUCCACAAAAAACACUGAAUAUAGAGAACAGCAUUACUUAGUAUCUAUGAAUUGCCAUCAAAACCAUUGACACAAUGUAAAAAUUAUGUACAUAUUAUAAUGCUGAAAAAGCUUUAGCUAACAUUGGAAUUGAUUUGCUUUUGAAGUUCUGCUGUAGUCAUUGAUCUGUGCAGAUGAAGCAAAAUGUAAUUUGAGUGUUUUUCUUUACUUUUUGUUUCUUCAGAAACAUUUUUUCUUGAAGUUUAUAAAUAACAUAGUAUUGUUGACAAUGUUAAAAACUCCUAGUUGUGAAUAUUUUGGAAAUUGUAUAUUUCUAGAUAAUUGCUGUUGUGCAUUUGAAACUUAAAAUUUACUUUUGAUACAUAAUAAAAAAAGACAGAUCAUGUAA